GCGGCACGUGGCGGCGGUUCGCACAGGGAACUGCAACAGGCUCCCUGAUCUCCAAUUCGCUGCGGGGCUCGCCUUCUUCGUUGGCUCCUUCUCGGAACCUUCUGAACCAGUCGCAUACGAGUGACGUCUUGAUUCGCAACACCUUUUGCUUUAAUAAAAUAGGAAAGCAAACAAUACUAAAUUACACAUUUCAGGGAAAACAAUUAUUAAAUUCCAAAAGUUCCACGUCCAGCGCCACUCAGAUCCCACCUUCUCUCUCACAUCCAACUCAGAUUUCCUUGGUCUGGCAGCUUUUUCGGACCCCCUCUAUGACUUCAACCCACAUGUCUUCCCAGUCCCCCAAGUUCAGCCCCCGCCAUCCCGUAGCCGAUUUUAGCGAUAGGGUUUGUUUUCGGAGGAAGGGGAGGAAAAGGAGAGAGCCCAUGGCACCAGCGGCGAAGUUGGAAGGCGUGGAUAAGGAGUUGCAGAAGAUCUUGGACGCUAAAAUGGACGAAGCGCCGGCCAGGCGCCGCGCAAGGGAGGCCUUCAAGGAGAUUCAGCUUGGAAUCGAUCAUUUGUUGUUCAAGACGCCUUCUGAUGGUGUGAAGAUGGAAGAGAUGUAUGUGGUGAACUCUAGAGGACUGGAAAUUUUCUCAAAAAGUUGGCUUCCUGCAAACUCUCCCCCAAAAGCAGUGAUUUGUUUUUGUCACGGUUAUGGUGACACUUGCACAUUUUUUGUUGAAGGAAUUGCUAGGAAGUUGGCAGUAUCUGGAUAUGGAUUUUUUGCGAUGGAUUACCCUGGAUUUGGUCUUUCAGAUGGUCUUCAUGCCUAUAUCCCAAGUUUUGAUGUGCUUGUUGAUGAUGUUAUGGAGCAUUACUCCAAAGUAAAAGCGAACCCAGAGUUCCGUACUCUUCCUAGCUUCCUGUUUGGAGAGUCUAUGGGUGGAGCUGUACUGCUGAAGGUGCAUUUAAAGCAACCUAAUGCAUGGACUGGUGCCGUUCUUGUUGCACCUAUGUGCAAAAUUGCAGAUGAUAUGGUUCCACCAAAGUUACUGAAACAAUUUCUGAUUUGCAUAGCUCAUUUUCUUCCAAAGAAGAAAUUAGUACCACAAAAUGAUUUGGCUGAGAUGGCAUUCAGAGACUCGAAGAAGAGGAGACUGGCUGCAUAUAAUGUUAUUGCAUACAAGGAUAAACCACGCUUGAGGACUGCUGUGGAGUUGCUCCGAACCACCCAAGAGAUAGAACGUCGAUUGAAAGAAGUCGCUCUGCCAUUAUUGAUCCUGCAUGGAGAGGCUGAUACUGUAACUGAUCCAUCUGUGAGCAAGGCCUUGUAUGAAAAGGCAAGUAGUUCAGACAAGAAGCUCAAUCUUUAUAAGGAUGCUUAUCAUGCUCUUCUUGAAGGCGAGCCAGAUGAGAUGAUAAUUCGAAUCUUUGAUGAUAUCAUUUCCUGGCUGGAUGGGCAUAGUACAAAAACUACCCACAUUUGAUCGAUUAUGAUCAUUCAUUUCUUCAGAAAAUGAAUAAAUAAGGGAAAUAGCCCCUUACACUAUUUAAAAACAGGGGAUAGCAGGGGAGGUUGCUAUCGCACAUAAAUCAAUCCAGUCAUUGCAUUGUAGCUUUGUGGUUUGUCUUAUUCCAACGAUUGAGUAUUUGUUACAAUUGGCUGUAAAAUAGUUAUUUGUUUAUAUAAUAGUUGUAAGUCGAAUGGAGCUUUCAGGUUAUUGAAAAUUGAGUUUGUAAUGGUAUGUAUAUAUAUGGGCCUUAUUG